UUCGAUCUGAAAGGGAUGAAUCGAUGGACGUCGCUAUCAACGAAGCACUGUUGGGAGAUCAAGCGAUGGAGGAAGAAGGAGAAACAGAAGCGGAAGAAGCUGUUCUUGCAGACAGGAAGCACCUUUCUUCAACAGCUCGUCGCCGACUGUGACGGUAAAUCGAAUCCUAUCCGCAUGUUUUCUUCCGCCCAAAUCCUCGAAGCCACCGACCAGUUCGAUCCCAGUUGUCGUGUCUCUCGUCAUGGGUACUUUACAUGGUACAGAGGUACGAUCGAUGAUAGAGUUUAUGCCUUGAAGAGAUUCUAUGAAGACGUCAGACACAUAGAGAUGCAGGUUUACACCGAUAUUGCCAUAUCUACUCGAGUGAGCAAUCACCCGAAUUUUCUCAAACUCUUGGGAUGUUGUCUCGAGUUUCCGCUUCCAGUUCUUGUAUAUGAAUAUGCUGAUAAUGGAGUUCUGGACGAGAAAGGAGGCGUAGAUGGUGGGCAGUUGCUGCCAUGGAAGGCGAGAGUCAAGGUCGCAAAGGAGAUAGCUAAUGCCGUGACUUAUCUUCACAUGGCGUUUCCAAGAAUCAUCGUACACAGAGACAUAAACCCGAUGAAUGUGUUCUUGGACAAGAACUGGACAGCCAAGCUGACCGGUUUCUCGUGUUCAGUAUCGCUUCCCGAGGGCAAAUCAGAGAUCGAAGACGAUGAUGUCUGGGGAAUGCUUGGAUACUUGGAUCCGUUGCAAAUCUCUACGGGCAUCGUGACAGAGUACACCGAUGUGUACGGCUUUGGAACAUUCUUGAAAGUUCUUCUGACAGGAAGACCGGCUAUUCUCCGUGGAUCUCGUCAACAUAUCCAUGAUUAUGUCAGAGAUUUACCAGAGGAUGGAGAGUUGGCUGAGAUAAUCGAUCAAGAAACGGCACAGAACAUGACGGCCGCUCAAAGAUCAGAGAUGGCAGCAUUUCGGAAACUGGCGUUGAGUUGCUGCGAGAAAAGGAGCAAAGACAGACCAAAGAUGAUCGAAGUGGCCAAGGAGCUUAAACAGAUUGAGAAAACAACAAUUGAUUCUACUUCAUCUAGUCUGUCCGAGCUAACCCAUCUCUGAGAUUCAGAAAGGAAACAGAUUGUUAGUCGUUUCUCAAAGAAGAACGAUCUCUCGAGUUUCAAGAAGCAUAAUGAUUAUAGAUAGGGCGGAUUUCUGCUGGAUCUUGUUGUUGAAGAUGAAACCAGACAUAAACCCAGAAAGAUCACUUGAGUUUUGUGUUCA